AUGGACCCCGUCCUCAUUAUCGGCGGCGGACUAGUGGGCCUAACCCUAGCCCAAGCCCUAAAAAAGAAAGACAUCCCCUUCGAAGUCUACGAGCGCGACGCCUCCCCGGCAGCCCGCGAUCAAGGCUGGGCCAUAACACUGCAUUGGGGCCUAGACCCCCUACGCAAGACAAUCCCAUCCGAGAUCCUAUCGCUCAUCGAAGCAGAGCAGGUCGACCCCGACGUCGCGAAAAACGACAAUGGCAAUUUCCUAUUUCUGGACCUUGCGACGGGGGAAGCCAAGUUCAAGGUCCCGCCCACGCAUCGGUGGCGUGUGAACAGGGACGGCAUGAGGCGGGCUUUGUUGACCGGGCUGGAAGAGCGGGUACACUGGGGGAAGCGGUUGGUGGGGGUGGAGGAGUCGGGGUCAGCCGUCACGGUGAGGUUUGAGGAUGGGACGCACGCGUCGGGGAAGAUGGUGAUUGGGGCGGAGGGGAGUCGCUCGGAGGUGAGACGGGCGCUGUGUCCGGGGGGGUAUCGCAAUGAGCCGCUGGAGGCUGUGCGGUUCGUAGGCGUCGCGGUCGAUAUGGCUCCGGAGGCGAUCGCGCCGCUGCGGGCGCUGGAUCCGCUGCUGUUCCAGGGGUGUCAUCCGCUGACGGGGACGUUCAUGUGGUUUUCUGUGCUGGAGACGCCCGUGCGGAAUGGGACUCUCGGGACGGCGGGGGAGAAGUUUCGCGCGCAGAUAUGCCUGUCUUGGAGGGCGAGGUCGGUGGAGGAUGAGGUUGAGGGGACGAGUGAGGGACGGUUGGCGGGUAUGAAGAGAAGGGCGGAGGGGUUUGCGCCUUGUUUUUAUGAUGCUGUGCAGGGGAUUCCUGAGGGGACGCCGGUUACGGAGGUGAAGCUGGCGGAUUGGGAGUGUUUGGAGUGGGAUAAUAAGGGACGCAUGACGUUGGUGGGGGAUGCUGCGCAUGCGAUGACCAUGUACCGCGGCGAAGCAGGCAACCAUGGCCUGCUAGAUGCAUACUGGCUAGCUAAAGCCAUCGACAAGGUGUAUCGGGGAGAGGACUCAAAAACUGCCCUAGACGUGUAUGAGGGAGAGAUGCGCGAGCGAGCACAACGGGCUGUUAAGCUGAGUCGACAGGCCUGUUAUGAUGCACAUGAGUGGGAGCAGCUGAACGAGCACUCUCCUGUUUUACAGAAACGUUCACUCAUCUAAUUGUUACCAUUGAGUGAGGGAAUGUAUAGGUGGGAGUGAAGUAUGGACACCGGAUUAGG